AUGCUUAGAACAAGUCUAAUAAGAAGAUACGCUACAUUACCACCAAAUGCUUUGAAACCAGCUUUCGGUGCACCAAACAAAGCUGCUGCAAAGGCGUUCAGAGACUCAAUAGAGGCUACUGAAAACCAUGCUAAAGAUACCUCGAAAUUAUGGAUGAAGAUUACCAUGUGGGUUGCUGUCCCUGCUAUCCUUUUAACUGGGGUCAAUACAUGGUUUGUCGAAAAGGAACAUUACGAACAUAGAAAGCAUUUGGAACAUGUUCCAGAUUCUGAAUGGCCAAAGGAUUACGAAUUCCAAAAUAUGAGACAAAAGCCAUAUUUUUGGGGUGAUGGUGAUAAGACUUUGUUCUGGAACCCUGUCGUUAAUAGACACAUAAACCAUGAUGAUGACUAA